AUGGCUGAGCUUAUAAAAGACCUGGAAGGAUGGCAGAUAAUCAUCAAGGACCAGGAUGGUAAUGUCAUGGACGAGCGCGACCGGAAAGUACGGAGGAAGAGAAAUGUCUCGACUGAUCUGUUUAUAUUCCGGGAGAAAGACGCACUUACUUUUGGCCGUGGUCAAAAUGUGGUUGUGCAUGACGAAGUAUCUGACUCAUACGCGGUCUACUUGAUCCACGAAAUACGCCAGAACACCUUGAACCAUGCGCUGGAGAUACUGUGUUUCACAUAUUUGAGAUGGUUUGAAUUAGAACCACGUGACUACUACAAGGAGUUCAAGCCCGAGUAUCUGUCCAUGACCAACCAGCAAAUUACAGAGAAGUUCCUGGAGGAGAUCGAUCGCGAUGAGAUAUAUCUAACUGCUGAAAUUACGCCGAUAUGGCUCAAGGAUUUCAUAGAUAUUGCCGAAGUUUACAACGCAAAGAAAUGGGCGCAGGUAAGACAAUCAGUUAACAAAGAGAGAAACUUCUUAGUCAGAUAUGUGUGCGAACCCGUAGCAGAGAAUUUUGUCCCUGUAGACAUAGAUAACAUUAUGGAUCAGAUGAGAAAGCGGUCUGCUCGCGAUUUUGAGACAAUGCUGAAGAAUUUAACAGUCAACGGAUUCGUCCAUAGCUCGAGUAAGAAAAGGCAAAAAAUUAAGGCUGAGGAUACCGACAAUACUGUAACUAAGAAGAAUCUACUACAUAAUCAAAAACAAAAGGAACCUGAAUCACAUGAGCUGAAAUAUCAGAAAGUACAACUAGAAGAUAGUCCCCAACCUCAUCACAAGAAACCGCAAUCAAGAAUCGAUGAUCAUUACAGCGUUGUGAGUGAUAUGCCUCAUGGCCGUAUAGUCAACACUGGCGUCAAGCCAACUACAAAAAAGUCAAGCACGUCUAGUCAAACACAAACUGAUCACACUCAAAAGAGGAAACUUCAGUCUGACGGAGGCAAAUCGGGGCCCAGUAAUAUGAAGUCAACAGUGGGCAAUGGUAGUUCAAAUGAUAAUAUUCAAAAAAAACGUAAAACAGAGGACUCUAGUAAGACACCAAGUAAUUUACACACGACCAUGACUGGUGUAUCUAGAAGUACUGGCGUUACUUCUGAUGCUGGUAAAGUGGUAGAUAAGGAAAUCAUAAAAAAUCCAACAUCAGUACCUUCACAAGGAGGUAAUAGAACCAAAGGGAAUGAUAUGAGUAAGAAGGAACCCUACUCAAAGGCAAUAGCUGCAGCAAAUCAACUUAAAGCAGGCAGGACCAAUCAGAAAUCAAAUCAGACAGCUAAAAAACCUUCUACAACAUCUAGCAAUGAAAGAGAAGAGAAAAUACCUGCUUACUUAUCAGGCCGCUUUCAACCGUCAGAGGUCAUUGACUCUGUCCAAAGUGGCACCCUCAAUGAUUUAAUGACCCAAGUGAGAAAGAGAGGUGGUGUUUCAGAAGCCUUAAAAUACAAAGCUAAAAACCAUGUCGAUGGAACUGGCCAGGAUUUAUAUGCCACGGCAAAGUCAUUUACAUCCAACCUUCGUAGAACUUUACUAGGUUCCGAGAACUCAGCUCAAUCUCAACAACAAAAUGCCAGCGAUAUAGAAAAAAGAAAACCAUAUAAUGUAAUCGAUGAUUUCAAGAAUAAUAGUUCGGCAAAAAUACUCGAACAUGUUAAAAGAGGUAAUACAGUAUCCGAGCUUCUAUGCCACCAACCUAUUGACAAAACACCUGAGAAAUCAAAUGAUGAAAAGUUGAAGCCUUUACUUACUGCCUUAUCUGAUCUUACAACAAACAAACAAUUUGUGCAAUUACGCAAUAUUGUAGGUUUGACUGCUCAAUCAAAGAACAGUGGUAGUAUCUUUGAGAAAUUACGGAAAUGUACCACUAGUGAAUCCCUAAUUCAAUGUAUGUCAGACUCUAUCACAUCUGACAUCAUUCUGUCUAUGAGAAAUAAGGAGUUUGUGACCAUUUAUGGUUCUCUUUUUAAUGCUAUUAUAAAUGGUAGAAACAAAUCAUUAUAUCUAACUGGUGACGAUGAAUACACGAUCAAAUAUGUUUUCAAUAAAGUUGCACAUGAACUAUUACUAUCUGCAACCUUUGAAGAAAUUCCUCAAUUUAAACUCGCCUCUGUCCCAUCCUCAUAUGAUAAUUUCUAUCAGGGACUAUGGCAGAAUAUCUCCGGCGAUAUUCUGUCAGAUACCGAAGCAGCUAUCGCAUUAGAUUCAUACUUUUCUGUCAUGCAGCCGGUACAGAGAUUUCCUAUUUUGAUAUAUAUCGAAAACAUGGAUGAGUUUUUCAAUAACAGUGAGACAAUAUACAAAGACCUUAUCAACUGGUUUUUAAACCCACUCAGUAAGAUUACACUAAUUUGUAACGGCACAGUGGUAAAUAAUGAAAUUGGAAACCCACUCAAGGACAUAUUUUUACAUGUGAACUUUCCCUCUGUAUCCGAGGAGCAAGAUUGUAGUGUAGCUAACAUUUCGAAGGUGAUAAACCAGAUAAACUCCUCUUAUUUUUAUUUUAAUGCAGAUUUACAAGCAGCAACAUUUUGCGAGUUUUACAAGCACUACACCAAGAAUUGGCAGAAGAUUAACUUUCGCAUUAACGAACCUGAAGUUGGAAUUUCCGUAAAAAACAUACAGAAUGCGCUUACAUUGAAGGGUUUUGAUUCCAUCAUCAAUGUACACAAGCAUAUCUAUCAAUGUUUGAGAAAUGUGGUAAACAGAUAUAUUGACAGCACGGCAAAGAAAACCACAGUAGAUAUCCAAGCCAACCAACUGUCAGUCUCUGCAGGCUCAGCAAAUACCCACUAUGACUUGAUGGAACCACUAUAUGGCCGUAUUAUGUCUAGUCUCGCGGAAUUAACUUUUGUCGAUAAGUUAGUAUUGUUCUGUACUGUGUUAUGCAGGCUAAGAAAAUCCAGUGUCGAGAAAAUUGACCUUAACGAGGUUUACAAUGUAAUCGUUGAUGUGCUGCACCAUAACUGCGAUAACUCUCCAAUGAUCUCAAACCUAUUACUGACAUACUCAACGAUCAAAAACCGUAACGAUAAGGGGUCUGCCAUCAAACUGUUCCUAAGCAGCCUGAUGUGGCUGGACGUCUUCACCCGCCUGUAUCGUACAGGCUUUGUAACAUUACACGUUGACCAAGAGGACCGCAACCAAAUAAAAGUCGCGCUUGCAGGGUUUGAAGUCGACAGUAUUCUAGCCGAGUUGAAGCGCGACAGCUCGAUGAGCUGGAUCCAAUCGUGUCUCACCGAAUAG